AUGGAGCAAAAUUGCCAUAAAUGUGAUGAAGCGGAUAGCGAGCGAAUGGUACAAUGUGAUUCUUGUAACUCCUGGUACCACUUCGACUGCGUUGGAGUCGACAGCAAUGUGGCUGAUGUUAGUUGGAACUGCGAAAUAUGCCGUCGCGAUACAUCAGCCGCAGCCGCUAAACCGACAGCUUCAUCGUCGCCAAAUACUUAUAAACGUACGGAGCGCACGCAAUUUACUUCAAGAUGUCCGUCAGCUAUAAAAGCGCCCACCUUGGAUUCACAGGCCAGGGCGUCAAUGCUGACCACGACGGUCACCACAGUGAUUCCAACACCUCUCGCUCAAAGUUCUGCAAUACCUGUAACCACGAGUUUUACCACAUCGCAACAAUUCCGUUCUGCAACACCUGUAACCACAUCGCAGCAUUUCCUUUCGCAAAAUCCUUUAAGCACUUUAACAUUGACACCAUCUUGUUCUGAGUUUACGGGAUCAGCUCCCAACACAACCUCGCAGGGACCCCUUACGCUAACAACGGCAACACAAGCUACGGGUAUUGGGUGUCCCGAGACGAUUGCGCCAGCGAUUACAUCGCAUUUUUUAGAGCCUGGCAACGCAGCUCGCUCAUCAACUUAUAUUCCGUAUAUCAACACGAAUUCGCGACAACCAAUGGGUGUAUCUUACGCCAACGUUGACAAGUCCGAGAUGCAUCGGAAUCUACAAUUGGAACGACUAAAAGAGGAGAUGGAGAUCCAACAACAAUAUCUGGAAAACAAAUACAAGAUAUUAUCACAGUAUAAUGAACUCCCACCGAUUACUCCUCCACCAUUUUUGCAGAAUGCAGGACCUUCACAAUCACAACUGAUCGCGAGGCAAGCGAUUCCGAAGCAGCUUCCGGUUUUUAGUGGGGACCCUGAAGAAUGGCCACUGUUUAUAAGCAACUUCGAAAAUAGUACAGCGGUGGCCGGGUAUACCGACGCAGAAAACCUUAUACGGCUUCAAGCAAGUCUCAAAGGUAAAGCUCGGGACAUGGUAAAGAGCAAACUCUUUUUGCCAUCGAUGGUCUCUGAGAUUAUUCAUACUCUGAGAAUGUGUUUUGGUAGGCCAGAGUACAUACUCGAGCGUGUGGUGAAUCGAGCUCGCGCAAUGCCUCCUCUGAAAGAUAAGUUAGAGGGUCUUGUUGAUUUCGCGCUUUGUGUGAGGAGUAUUUGUAAUACUAUGGAAGGGUGCCGAAUGAACACGCACCUUCAUAAUCCAUUGCUGGUGCAAGAAUUGGUUAAUAAACUGCCGAACAAUCACAAAUUGAGCUGGGCUCUGCAUCCGAAAGACGAGGCAAUUCCAGUGGUAAGACAAUUCAGCGACUGGAUAUUCUGUCUGGCCGAAGCAGCUAGCACCGUUGUAAACCUAGCGCCAAGUAAAAGUAAUGCUUCAGUGAACACCCACACUGUCGAAGGCAGUGCAGAACGUUUGCACGCAAAGGCACACACCCCAACUAGUAAGCUAUGCUGCAUAUGCAAUGAUCAGGAUCAUAAGGUGUCGCAAUGUGAGGUUUUUAAAAAAAUGUCCCUACCACGCAGAUGGGAUGCGGUGAAAGCCAAAAAUCUCUGCCGUCAAUGCCUUAGCCCGCAUAGACGCAAAUGCUUCGUAAGCAAAGUGUGUGGAAUAGAGGGUUGUGUAAUAAAACACCACCCUCUACUACACAAAUUCGUCGAGUCUACAGUCGAGCAAGUAAAUACUCACAACAGCGGUUACGAGGAAUCGCGCCCACUUUUUAGAAUAGUCCCUAUUCGUCUGUAUUCGAAAAAUAAGGUAAUGGAUAUCUACGCAUUUUUAGAUGAAGGUUCGUCUGUGACCCUUAUAGAAAAGAAUAUCUUUGAUCAGCUCGGUAUAAAAGGUGAACACGGACCUCUGUGCUUGCGGUGGACGGGAAACACCACUCGCGUCGAAGAAAAUUCUGAACGGGCGUCUAUAGAGAUUUCCAGCAUGACUAGUAAUCAAAAGUACACGCUCAAGAACGCUCGCACUGUUCAUAACCUUGAUCUUCCAGUACAGUCGAUUGACAUAGCCGACAUGCAGACGAAAUACCCGCACCUAAAUGGACUACCCAUUAAGUCAUAUGACAACAUAAAACCGUCACUACUUAUUGGUGCCGAUAAUUGGAAGUUGGCGAUCCCCCUUAAAGUGAAGGAGGGUGCUUGGUCCGAGCCUAUAGCUUCUAAAACUCGUUUGGGGUGGACAUUACAGGGGUGUGAGAGCAGCCGAAAGGAAAACUUCCGUCUCAACGUACACACGUGUGAGUGUCAACUAAAAUACGAUCACUUGCAUGAAAUGGUGAAAGAUUUCUUCGUACUAGAAGCUCCGAAAGCAACGGAGAUUCUCUCAGAGGACGACGCCAAAGCUGUAGACAUCAUGACCAACACAUGCCAGCAAUCAAACGGCCGCUACGAGGUCGGGCUUUUGUGGCGUAAUCCAAACGAACCUCUACCCAGUAGCUAUUCCAACGCUGUCCGCCGUAUGAAGUGUCUAGAGAAGAAAUUUGCUAAAGAUCCUGGUCUGCGAUCCACCAUGCAGCAACAGAUAAACAAUCUGCUUGACAAAGGUUAUGCUCAAAAGCUCUCUUUAGCAGACAUUGCAGUGCCUAGGGACAAGGUUUGGUACUUGCCAAUAUUCGUCGUGAACAACCCUAAUAAACCAGGGAAAAUUCGUAUGGUUUGGGAUGCCGCUGCGAAAGCCAAUGGAGUGUCGUUGAACAAUUUUCUUUUAAGUGGUCCCGACCUGCUGAAUCCACUCGUAGACAUUUUGCUGGCGUUUAGGGUCGGCAGAGUCGCUAUUUGCGGCGACAUUGCGGAAAUGUUUCACCGCAUAAACAUCCGUGAAACAGAUAUGCACGCUCAACGAUUCUUGUGGUAUGAUGAGAAUGAUCGCUCACAACAACCAAGCGUCUACGUUAUGCGAGCGCUGACGUUCGGUCUCAACUGUGCCCCCUGUAUAGCCCAUUUCAUACGUGACAAAAACGCAGACAAUUAUAAACAUGACUUUCCACGAGCCGCGGAAGCCAUAAAGAGAAAUCAUUACGUUGACGAUUUCAUUGACAGCGAAGAUGACGAGCACUCCGCGCUAGAAUUGGCAAAGCAAGUCAAGGAAAUACAUCGUGCGGGUGGAUUUAACAUUCGAGGCUGGUCUUCGAAUUCGAAAUCCGUGCUAGACGAGCUGACGGAUGACCCUUCCCCUGUACAUAACGUCAAAGAGUGGGCUUCUACUACAAAGAUACUGGGUAUGUUUUGGGAUCCAGCUAGUGACAAUUUUAAGUAUAUUUGCAGGUUUACGAGACUUCGCCGUGACGUCAUAAACGAAACCUUGGCACCGACUAAAAGAGAGGUCCUUCAGGUGCUUAUGUCGAUCUUCGAUCCACUGGGGUUUGUUGGUUGUUACACCAUAGGCUUGAAAGUUCUCCUUCAAGAUGUGUGGCGGGCAGGUAUUUCUUGGGAUGAUACAUUAUGCGACAAACUCUACGAAAAGUGGUGUCACUGGAAGAAUAUGGUGAAGCUGAUAACUGCAGUAGAAAUACCACGUUGUUACUCGUUGUUCCUGAAAGAAGCCGAAGAAGUUGAACUCCAUACGUUCGUAGACGCCGGAGAAAAUGCAUACGCGGCUGUUUGUUAUCUGCGAACAAAAAGAGGCGAGUUUGUCUCAACUACCCUGGUUGCAGCCAAAUCAAAAGUCGCGCCGCUCAAACCAUUGUCAAUUCCGAGGCUGGAAUUACAAGCCGCAGUGGUUGGCAUACGAUUGGCCUCUACGGUGGCUAAUGUAAAACGAAUAGGUAUUACGUCAAUGUAUUGGUGGACGGAUUCAAAGACGGUCUUGCGGUGGAUUCGGAUGGAUCCAAGAAACUUCCAUCAAUACGUAAUGUAUCGAGUAGGUGAGAUACUCGAGGCAUCGAAUGUAAAUCAAUGGAAGUGGGUACCUACGAAACUAAAUCCUGCCGAUUUAGCGACGAAAAUGUCGAGCUGUGCGAACUAUAAGCAGUGGUUUACAGGACCAGAGUUUUUGGCGCUAGAUCGGAAGUCCUGGCCGCAUUGUACCGAGAUCAAUCCUAAUGUUGAAGACUCAAAAGAGCUCAGACACUACGUUUUACACACCGAAAGAGUACCAAUGCGAAAUGUAGCGCUAAACGUUGAGUACUUUUCUAGUUGGAGCCGUUUAUACAGGGCAGUUGCGACCUUCAUACUCUACGUCAAUACCUUACGCGCAAGAAUCUCAGCAAGCAUACCCGACCGUACGAUUCGCUUCGAAAUUGUUCAGCAAGCUCAACAAUUCCUCAUCAAGUACGCUCAAACGGCUUUUAGUGAGGAGAUAACCCUUCUUCAACAAGGGAAGACUAUAAAAAAAUCGAGCAAAUUAUUUUCGUUCGACAUCUACCUAGACGUAAAAGGCAUAAUAAGAAGCAGAAGUCGCGCUGAACACCUAAAUAAUCGCGAGGAUGCCAUAGUUAUGCCUACUUCUCACCAUGUGACGUUCCUCAUUGUACGUUCGGCUCAUGAACAGUUUCACCACCAAAUGCACGAAUCAGUUGUCAACCAUAUACGUGGACAAUAUCUCAUACCUCGCCUGAGGGCUCUUUACAAGAAAGUUCGUCAACAAUGUCAGCGAUGCAAAAAUAAUAGCAGUAUGCCGCAAAUUCCACAAAUGGCCGCUUUACCGGCUGCAAGACUUGCCGCCUUCGAGAGGCCAUUCACAAACGUUGGCAUUGACUAUUUCGGACCGCUGUCGGUUGUG